GUUUAUGUUAUAUUUGUCACAUGGUCUGACAGUGGUACCUAUGUUGUCUAUAGAAGAUAUAGCCGCUUCUUUGACUUUCAGAGUGCUUUAUUAGAUAAAUUCCCAAUAGAAGGUGGUAGUAUAGAUCCUGAAUCUAGAAUUAUACCAUUUCUUCCAGGUAAAAUAAUAUUUGGAAGAAGUCAUAUCCGAGAUGUAGCUGUAAAGAGACUAGGUCCUAUCAAUGAUUACUGUAAGGCUGUCAUUGCUCUCCCUCCUAAAAUCUCACAAUGCGAAGAAGUUUUGGAUUUUUUUGAAGUGGAAACAGAUGAUUUAGACCCUCCUAAAGCUGAAGAAAAGAAAAAGAAAGAUGAAGGAGCGAAGAAGGCUGAGAAUAUUUCUGAUCCGAAGACUCUAACACAGUACCGAGUAACGUGUGAUUAUGAGAAACAAGAUCGGGGUGAAAUUGAUCUAGAGGCUGGAAUGAUCGUGGAGGUGGCAGAGAAAAGUGAAACAGGAUGGUGGUUUGUGAACAGUGAUGAUGCCCAGGGCUGGGUUCCAAGUACAUACCUAGAACCAGCCGAUGGUUCUACCACUGAUAAUGUUGUUCUCAGAGCUCAACCAGGGCAAGAAGAGAAGUUUAUCUGUAUAGAAAUGUUCCAGUCUAACGGUAAUGAUGAAAUAUCACUAGAGAAAGGAGCUGUGGUAGAAGUUCUGGAGAAAAACCUUUCUGGAUGGUGGUUAGUCAGGCAUCAAGGAAAAGAAGGCUUUGCUCCUGCUACCUAUCUUAAUAAAACAGAGGACCAGUUUGCUGUAAGCCUGGCCAAACGUAAAUCACUGGAUGUAGAGAUCAUAACAAACCUAUCUGACAUUAGUAAUAUAAUGAAAGGGGAUUCCCCCCGAAAUAGCCUGGCUUCAACAGAAACACCUAAACCAGUGACUGAAAUGUAUAGUAAAGUGAAGUCAAGGUCAUUAGAAAGAGGAGGUAAUAUUAAACCUCCACCAAGACAGAGCAUGAGAAUGGUGAGUCUGUCCUUUACUCCUUCACCCAGCCAUAAAACCAGUCACUAUGUAACAAUAGCUGAAUUUGAAGAUACUGUAGGAGAUGGCUUAAGUUUUAAAGAAGGACAAUCUGUUGAAAUUGUAGAAGAAUCCGACUCUGGUUGGUGGAUGGUGAAACUGAAUGGCAAGAGUGGGUGGGUCCCGUCUGCUUAUUUAGUCGAGAGACGAAAAGAUGCCCCGGUGGCGGCUCCA